GUCGCCCGCGCGGCGAGAGGCGGAGGAGCACGCCGCGCGACCGCGUCCACAUGGGCAAGAGCUCCCCGAUAAAUAACACCGGCGCGCGGGAUGCUCGCUCGCCGCCCACCUACUGCUCCCCGUCCCCUCCCCUCACCUCUCGAGAGAGAGCCCUCUCCCUCCGGCCGGCCGCCUGUCUGCCAGCCAGCCAACCAUCCAUCCUCGCCAUUCUCACGUACGCCGUCGUCGCUCCCGAGGCCCGCCGGCCCACGGAGGACGCCUGAUCGAAGAGGCCAUGGAGCGGCGGCUGUGGGCGCCGGCGCCGGCGCUGGUCUGCGGCGGCAAGCGGGGCAAGGGCGACGACGCCGUCGUGGACCCGCUGGGCACGGUGGUCGAGUGGUUGUGCCGGGCCGCGCUGCGGCCGCCGCCGCCGCCGCCGCCGCCGCGGGUGUGCGGGACGCCCGGGGGCCCGCCCGUGACGGCGCGCCGGGUGCGGCUCAGCGACGGCCGCCACCUGGCCUACGAGGAGUCCGGCGUGCCCAGGGAGACCGCGCGCUACCGGGUCGUCUUCUCGCACGGCUUCACGGGGUCCCGCCUCGACACCCUCCGCGCCUCACAGGAAGUGGCCGAGGAGCUGGGCGUGUACAUGGUGGGCUUCGACCGCGCCGGCUACGGCGAGAGCGACCCCAACCCGGCUCGCUCCGUGCGCUCCGCGGCGCUGGACAUGGAGGAGCUCGCCGACGCGCUGGGCCUCGGCGACAGGUUCUACGCCGUCGGCUUCUCCCUCGGCUGCCACGCCGUGUGGGGCGCGCUCAGGUACAUCCCGCACAGGCUGGCGGGCGCCGCGAUGCUGGCGCCCGUGGUCAACUACUGGUGGCCCGGCUUCCCGGCGGCCAUGGCGGCGGCGGCGUACGCCCGGCAGGCGCGCGGCGACCAGUGGGCCCUGCGCGUGUCUCACCACGCCCCCGGGAUCCUCCACUGGUGGAUGGACCAGCGGUGGCUGCCCACCUCCACCGUCGUCGACAACACCACGCACCUCCCCAACAAGCGCGACGCCGAGGUCCGCCGCGCGCUCGCCGCCGACGGCACGCUCCGGCGGAAGCGGGAGGUGGCGACGCAGCAGGGGAUCCACGAGUCCUACUACCGGGACAUGACGGUCAUGUUCGGCAAGUGGGAGUUCGAUCCCAUGAGCCUGCCGGCGCCGCCGUGCCCCGUGCACCUGUAGCAGGGCGACGAGGACGGCCUCGUGCCGGUCGAGCUGCAGCGCCACCUCGCCGGGAAGCUCGGCUGGGUCAGCUACCACGAGCUCCCCGGCACCGGCCACUUCCUCUCCGCCGUCCCCGGCCUCGGGGACACCGUGCUUCGGACACUUUUCGGGUGAGCCACCGCAAAGCCGUGGUAGUAGCUUAGCGGGUUAUGCAAAGUACAGAACAGUGAAAAGAUGGUCAUGAUACAUGGAGACACGAGAGGCAGCAUGUAGAGUUUGUUCUUUAUUUCUUUUUGUUUUGUAAAAGGAAAUUUUGCUGCCAGGAAGCCCCUGAAAUUUGGGGACAGAAAGUGAUGUUCUACCAUUCUAUUUCAAUUUUUUAAUUCUCCGUGUCUACAUUCUUUUGUUUAGGAUGUAAUAUGAGUUAACCAUUGAGUUAGCGGUACACGGU